CCCACACUGGCCAUGCCCGUGCCCACUGAGGGUACCCCACCGCCCCUGAGUGGUACCCCUGUUCCAGUCCCAGCCUACUUCCGCCAUGCAGAGCCUGGCUUCUCUCUCAAGAGACCUGGGGGCCUCAGCCGGAGCCUCCCACCCCGCCCCCCUGCCAAGGGCAGCUUCCCUAUCAGUCGUCUCUUCCCUCCUCGGACCCCGGGCUGGCAUCAGCCCCAGCCCCGGAGGGUGUCAUUCCGAAGUGAAGCCUCAGAGACCCUGCAGAGCCCUGGGUAUGACCCGAGACGGCCAGAGUCCUUCUUCCAGCAAAGUUUCCAGAGGCUCAGCCGCUUGGGUCACGGUUCCUAUGGGGAGGUCUUUAAGGUGCGCUCCAAGGAGGAUGGCCGGCUCUAUGCAGUCAAGCGCUCCAUGUCGCCAUUCCGGGGCCCCAAGGACCGGGCCCGUAAGCUGGCUGAGGUAGGCGGCCAUGAGAAGGUGGGGCAGCACCCACGCUGUGUGAGGCUGGAGCAGGCCUGGGAGGAGGGUGGCAUCCUGUACCUGCAGACAGAGCUGUGCGGGCCCAGCCUGCAGCAACACUGUGAAGCGUGGGGUGCCAGCCUACCCGAGGCCCAGGUAUGGGGCUACCUGCGGGACACUCUACUGGCUCUGGCUCACCUGCAUGGCCAAGGUCUGGUCCACCUUGAUGUCAAGCCUGCCAACAUCUUUCUGGGGCCCCGGGGCCGCUGCAAGCUGGGUGACUUUGGGCUGCUGGUGGAGCUGGGUGCCACUGGAGCUGGUGAGGCCCAGGAAGGAGACCCUCGUUACAUGGCCCCAGAGUUGCUGCAUGGCUCUUAUGGGACAGCGGCAGACGUGUUCAGUCUGGGUCUCACCAUCCUCGAAGUGGCAUGUAACAUGGAGCUGCCCCAUGGAGGGGAGGGCUGGCAACAGCUGCGCCAGGGCUACCUACCCCCUGAGUUCACUGCUGGUCUGUCUGCUGAGCUGCGUUCUGUCCUUGUCAUGAUGCUGGAGCCUGACCCCAAGCUACGAGCUACAGCUGAGGCCCUGUUGGCCCUGCCCAUGCUGAGGCAGCCACGGCCCUGGAGUGUCCUGUGGUGCAUGGCUAGUGAAGCCCUAAGUCAAGGCUGGGCCUUGUGGCAGACCCUGCUCACCCUGUUGUGCUGGCUCUGGCACAGCUUGGCUCACCCUGCCAGCUGGUUGCAGCCUCCAGGGCCACCAGCCACCCCGCCUGGCUCUCCACCCUGCAGCUCCCUUCUGGACAGCAGCCUCUCCAGCAGCUGGGAUGAAGACAGCAUAGGGCCCUCACUCUCCCCAGAGCCCGUUCUGGCCCGGGCUGCCAGGAGCACCUCCACUCCCCAGGCCAGGUACAUAUGGAGAGAUGCCCUGGACCUAAAUGACAUGGAUGUAGAGCCUCCUCGGGGUUCCUAUCCAACUUUUGAGCCUCGGAACCUUCUCAGCCUGUUUGAGGAGUCGCUAGACCCAGCCUGAGCCGCAGGCCCUGCCUCCCUGCUUUUAAUCUCGUACCCACUUUCCUGCCCCUUCCCCUGGAAAGCUGGGAUCCCUCUGGGAACUCC